AUGUUUUCAUUAAGUCAACGUUAUUUAUUUGACCAUCUAUUAACAUUUGAUGAUUUAUCGAAAAAAUCACAAUAUAAAAAUAUAAAAUUUAAACGUGCUUUUGAAUUUCUUCAAUUACUUUUUCUUCAACGUGUUUAUGGUAUCGAUAUAAUAAAACGUUCACCAAUACGACAAUUAUAUAAACAACAACAACAACAACAACAACAAUAUCAAUUUGAAGUAUUUCUAGGUGGUUCAUGUAAUCCAACAACAUGGAGACAUGAGCAAGCUAUUCCUUAUUUUCAAUUACAUUCAGUUGCUUAUUAUAAUCCACAAGUUGCUAAUUGGACACCUGAUUUAGUUGAAAUUGAACAUAAUGCAAAAGAAUCAGCAAGACUUUUAUUUUUUGUUAUUGAUCAUGAUACACGAUCAUUAGCAGCUAUAGCUGAAGUAUGUUAUUUAAUAGCACGUGAACGAACUAUUAUUGUUAUUAUAACUCCCAUGCCAGAAGAUAAAUAUCAAACAAAAUUUAUUCAACAAAAAAAUUUUUAUAAUGAACAAGAUAAUGAAAAUGAUUAUGAAAAUGUUUGUCAAGCAAGAGAAACAUUAAGAAUAUUACUUCAAAUUAAAAAUGUACCAGUUUUUGAUAAUGUUAAAGUCGGAUUAGAAUGUGCAGGAUUUUUAAUUAAAAAUCGAAAACAAUCUAUGACGAAUUGUAAAACUUUCGAUGAAGAAAAAACGAACAACAAUAAUAAAAAUGAAAAAAUUUCUCGUUCAUCUUCAAAUAAAAUUAGUUUUGAAUCUCCUGAUAAUUUUUAUCGUAAACAAUCUCUAUCAGAAAUGACUUUAUCGUCUUCAGUUCCAGUUUAUCGACGUCAUAGUGCAACAUCAAUAACACAGAAAAUUCUUCCUUUAUCAUCUUUAAAUCCAUUUUUGCGUUCAAUUAAUUUUACGACUGGUUUUCAUUAUCAUCAACGACCAAUUUGUACAAAAACACAAAUAUCAUGUUCAACAAAUGAAAGUGAUGAUGAUGGUUAUGGUUCAUUAAUAUCUAGUAAUCGUACAUUAUCUCGAUCAGCAUCAUCAUGUAUAACAUCUGAUUUUUAUGAAUGUUCUAUUGAUCAUCAAUUUGAAAGUAAUUCUUUAAUAUUUUAUCAGCCUAUUUCUACAUUAAAUAUUAUGAUGUCAAUUUUUUCUACAUAUAUUUCAUUCGUAUGUUUUCCCAUAUCAUCAAAUUUAUCAAUAACACAAUCAAUUUAUAAUGUCUGUACAAUUUCUUAUCUUUUUAUAAAUCAUAUUCUAUUUUCUUUUAUGAAAAACAUAAUGACAUCAAAUAAAGAAACUAUUCAUUUCAAUUAUCCAAUUUAUAUGUUUGAUCUUUAUAUAGCUUCCGGUGAUCAUGAUGAAAUUUGGUUAAAUACAUAUGUAUUACCAAUUCUUAAAGACAUAAAUGUAAAAUAUAUAAAACGACAAACAUGUGAUGAUAAUGAUCAACUUGAUCUUGUUUAUAAUAUUUAUGUACGUAAACGUUCACGUUUAUUAUAUUAUUUAAUAAAUAAUAAUGAACGUCUAUCAAAUCUUGUUAGUGAACUUGCAUAUCUUAUUGGUGAACGUAAAUAUUAUAUUAUUGUUUAUUUACAAUCAACAAUUGAUGAAAAUUCAGAUAAAAUUUUGACAAAAAAUGAACGACAAGAUAUUGAACGUUCAAGAAAAUAUCUUGAAGAUUUAGCAAUAAAAGAAAAUAUUUUAUUGUUUCAUUCACGUGAACAAAGUUGCCAACACGUUUUAGCUUUUUUUCUUCAAAAUGAACACUAA